AUGGAAGACAAGAAAGACCGUUUACCCACAAAAUCAUUUUUACCCAUUCUAUCAAAGCAACAUCAUGAUAUUGGACAUAUAAAAAAAGUUCAAAUUGGAAAGUUUUUGAUGGACGUUUGGUACGUAGCACCUUAUCCAGAAGAGUAUAGCCGACUAGAGACAUUGUAUGUAUGCGAGUUUUGCUUAAAGUAUAUGAAGAGUCGAUAUAUAGCCAAGAGGCACAAGGUGAAAUGUCCUAUGAAAUAUCCACCAGGAAAUGAGAUAUACAGAGAUGGACAGCUAUCGGUGUUUGAAGUAGAUGGGAAGAAGAACAAGAUGUACUGUCAGAACCUUUGUCUACUGGCCAAGAUGUUUUUGGACCAUAAAACACUUUAUUAUGAUGUAGAACCAUUCUUGUUCUAUAUACUGACGGAGGCUAACCAAGCAGGAUGUCAGUUUGUUGGAUACUUUUCAAAAGAAAAGAAAUCACUGCUCAAUUAUAAUUUAUCAUGCAUUAUGACAUUACCUUCCUAUCAAAGAAACGGCUAUGGACAAUUUCUGAUCGACUUUAGCAAGAAAAAGACUAACUGGCCUAUAGGCUAUCUGUUAUCAAAAAGAGAGGGUAAGACGGGGUCACCAGAAAAACCGUUAUCAGAUUUAGGAUUAUUGAGCUAUAGAAAAUACUGGAUCAACUCAAUUAAAAAGUUUCUAAAAGAGCAUCCAGCGAGGACAAGUAUUGAAGAAAUCAGUAAAGAGACAUGUAUUACAGUGAAUGAUAUCAUAGCCACCCUUGAAUACAACCGUAUGCUAAGGAAGAAUAAACAGGGUCAAUACGAGAUUAUAAUGAAUGAAAAGAAUGAUCAGCCUAUCAGAAAUUAUGUUAAAAGCGAAUUACUUAUUUGGGUACCUUAUUUAGUAACCAAACAAGGAGGUACUGGCACCUUGAAGAAACCACGAGAAAGUAAAUUUAUCGAAUAUGGCGUAAGCAAAAUGCUAGACCUAAGGAAGGGCUAA